AUGGAUCUGGCCAAACCCAUCACCUCCCUUCGGGAAUUUCUCUUUUUGAAGCUCGAGGCACGACUGAAAGUCCUGAACGAAGACGAUGUGUUCAUUCCUAACAGGGGGUUAACUGAUAUCAUCAUAAAAGCAAUUAAUUCAGAAUCGGAUCAUCUCUCUAUAUUGAGCGGUGGAAAUCAACUGGAUCGGUUUGUUUUUACUCGCACCGACCUGUCUCCCCGAAACAUUCUGGUCUCGGAAGAUCCCCCGCAAAUAACUGGCAUACUGGAUUUUGGAUUCUCUGGCUUCUUUCCCGUUCUCGAAGAGUAUCAAGGGAACUGGGGUGGAGACGAUGGAGACUGGACAAAGUUUGCCUACAGAGCUUUUCUUGAGCGCCUUGACAAGAACGGCGUCGCAACACCGCUACAGGGCGACACGAAAAACAAAGAGGAGCGGGGGAUGUGA